AAAAAUUAUGUUUAAAAAAACUUAAUACUGAGUUUACAUGAACGAAACAUUCAACUCGUCGUUAAAUAAAAACGGGACUAAUGAUAACCAAUUUAAAAGUAGGAAAGCGUCAUGUUGAAGUUGAACUGAUGUCUGACAAAAACUAAGUUAAACAAAUGUCAAUUUUAUAUUAUAAAUUAUUAUCCUCACUCAUUAAUAUUAAAAUAAGUAAUAUAUUAAAAAGUUGAUAAUGAAUUUCAUGAAUAGUCUAGCAGGUAAUACAUUACAAUCUGGUGAAAUAGCGAUGCAAUUAAAUAAUGUUGAGGUUUUGUAUACAAAAGUACAGAAAGUUUAUUUGAAACCGCAAUAUAAAGAAGAACGUCAACGAGAGUUAAGAGUCAAUGUUGAAAUUCAUUCGGGAAUAAGUCCAGUUUGUCGUAAGACUCUGUGCGUUCUUUUAUCAGAUGAUGAUGAUCCCUGUUUUUUGUACUCGUUGCUGAUUACUGAAGAUGAUUUCAAAGUUCUCAAAGCCCAGCAAGGUCUGCUGGUUGACUUUGACAACUUCGCUACCCAGUUGAUUCAUUUGCUGGAGCAGUCUCAUGGAUCAAUGACAGGGACUUCAAAAAUGCCACCCAAGUUCUUGUUACUGCUGUCUGAAGAGAGCGGGGACUGGAUAUUUAAACUUGUUGAGACAAAUAAUUUUAAGCAUCUGUGCCAUUUGAGUCUGAAUAUAUCACCAGCAAGUGACUCGGAUAUUAAAACUCACAUGGCCAUGAAGAUGAAACAGUUGAAGGAAAAUUUAAAUAACAAGAAUCGUGAAGUUAUUUCACUUGAGGGAAGAUUAAGUAGCGUUAAUGAAGAGUUGGAAUGUAAGACGAGAGACUUGGAGCUGCUGGAACAGAAAUUUCGGGCUGAAAAAAAUCAGCUGCAGAUGACAACGAGCCAUCAAUUGAGUAUUGAAAAAGAUCGACUAGCGCAGGCUAAAUUAGAAUGGCAGAGAUCAACAGAAAUUGAAAAAAUGGAUAUGGAAAGACAGCAUAGCGACACAUUGCAACAACUCCAUACAGAAAUCGCUGAAUUACGAUCGCAAAAUACAACAUACAAAGAUAAACAAUCAUUUUUAGAAGCUACAAACAAAGAACAAUCUAAACAAUUACAAAAUUUGGAACGCGAGUUAAAUUUAGCACAGCGUGAUCUGAAUCAAUUGAAAAAACAAAACUCAAAACUAGACGUUGAUUAUCAUGAGAAAGAUAAAUAUGUUAACGAUUUGAAAACUCGUGUAGCUGUGAUGGAACAGGAGUUAAAAGAUAAAGCUAUUUUGAUAAGCAAGCACAUGGAAAUGCUGAAGACGAGCAAAGAACAGAAGCAGCAGCUCGAAGAAAUGCUCGCGCAGAAAGAGAAUCAGGUGCAGCGCAAACAGAAUGCGUUGAAAAAUGUCAGCGAUGAAGUUAUAAAAGCCAAUGAAAUAAUUAAGAAACUGCAAAAUGACCUGGAGUCGACGAAAUCAAAACUUAAGUUACGUACAGGCAUCGCUUUGGAGCAGGAGAGACUUCUGGAUGUUAAGCAAAAAGAAAUAGGAGAGUUGCAGGGUAAACUCGAUGAGCAGGCGAAGGAAUUGAGAGCUUUGAAGACUGAACUGGAUUCAUCGAAGGAUCAAUUGAAGACAAUGCAGACUCAAUUGGAAGACAAAGAGAAGAUAAUUAAAAAUAAUGAUAACGUUAUCAGUUGGUUGAAUCGUCGAUUAGCCGAGUCCCAGUCACCACUUCAAAGUGCAACGACAUCAGCAGCAGUACCCAUUAGCAUUCCAUCAACAUUCCAAUUAACGUUACCGCGUCAGAACAAAUUUUCAGCGAGUAAAUUUGAAACACGAACGCCUAUUACUGCUGCGACAACUACUACUGCUACAAAUCACAGUGUACCUAUUGCAGGAUUACCACUACGUAAUCCCGCAGUCUUGUCAAAUCCAAGUGCCAAUCAAACAGGACGACUGACAACAACCGGCGGUCGUUCGACUGGCGUAGGUAUCACCGACAGUACUGUUGGUAUAAUGACAUUCAAUAGACCUGGACAAAUAACGAGUACAAGUACACCAUUGGAUCGUUUAAAUGUUUUAAAUAAAUUGCCAGGUAAUCCAAUAACAACAGCAGCAACAAAUGGCGUUACGUCAACUCCAGCUAUUACGGACAAUAAUAUGGCACUGGGUAGUGUUGGUAAAUCAAAAAGCGCCUCUGGGCCAACGACUUUGCAAGGCGGGCUAAGACGAGCCAACAGUUACAAACCGUUAUUGCCUUCCGCGUAUUUUCCUAAAUCGUUGCAUUAAUAUGCGUAGUAUAUUAUUAUGAUGUAGAAAUAUUUUUAUAUCCACCUGCCAAUUUAUUAUAAACCCAUAACAUUAUUUUUUUAAUUAUCCUCAAAUUAUGUUAAAUUAUACCAAGUACAAAGUAUUAUUAUAUAUACACAUAUAUAUGUAUAAUAACAAUUAGUUAAUUACAAUUAAAAUCAUUGACAAUAAGCGAUUACUUUAGAAGAUGAAAAAAUAUAUUGUUAGUUUUACUAUUAGAUAAUAAUUAUUUUUUGUAUUUUUGUACAUAUAAAUAUUAAAUUAAUUAUAAUUUAUCGUAAA